CCGUCAAAGCUGAAAAGAAGUUAAUCAUUGGACAUUAAAUUAACAUUCUUUUUUAAUGUUUCAAAGCAAUUGUUUGUACUGAUUACUGAACUUUUUAUCUAAUAUGAUGGGAAAGACCCAUUAUUCUAGUUACUGAGGUUUGGAAUAGAUGAAUUGGAAUUGGGUUGGUGUUACAAGGAGAACCAGGGACAAAAUCGAAAAUGUGAAAGGUUGUAUUAUUGUUCCUUUAAAAUCAUUGAAAGUAACUUGGAUUCAAUAAUGACGUCUGAAAGUAUGAUUGGAAGGUACAGGAAACGGGAUAAACUUGUGAGACAGACGAUUUUAUUCCAUUUAGCAUGAUACCAAGAUUUAGAAAGCACAAAUGCAACUCGAGACAACUAUGAUGCAGACAAGUGCUUAAUGAUACACAACUACCUAAAUUGUAUAUUUGGAUAGUAUGCAUAAGAUCAUUCGUUCUAAUCUCAAGGUGAUCAUUAUAAAAGAAAUAAAAUAUUAUAAGAUGCAUAGUAGCACUGAGGGCAAUUAUUUUAGAUUUUGGAUUGAUUUAAACAAAAAAUAUUGAUUUGUGUUUGGGCAUGAUAUCUUUACCAGCAAAUUUCAUUUCACUCGAAUGACUUCUUUUUUUUUUCUGUAAGAAAAAUGUCUAAAAUAGCGUGUUUGAGAACCAAACUUCCUUUCGAGGUGUUAAAAAACAUAAUUUGAGUCCUAGAGGUUCAAUGAAUUCUAUCCAAAAUCAAUCACAGGACUCAUUGUGCAGAUGAAAAAAGGUUAUCAAAAUUGCUUUUAUUGGUUCUGUUCUGAUAAUGGACUCAAAAGAACAAUCUGCACGGAAUACAUGCUAACUUAUGACCUCCAUUUUGCCUCACAUGGCAUAAUUAGGGAAAAGGACUACCUUACCAAAUAAUAUGUGUGAUACUAUAUACUUGAAAUGAUAAAAGGAAAUGCAAACAGCAAGUCAGUCUAGUGCCUGAAUGUUAGGUUUCUUUCAAUGUACAGAAAUAAUUAAAAAAAGAGAAAAUUAGGACUUGCAGUUUGUUGUCACUUCUCAACGUUAUCUAAUAUGUGCUACCCUCCACGUUGUGACAAAACUCUCAAACUAGUUUGAUAUUUGUCGGUGUAUAGAACCAAACCACGCGGACCAAAUUUAUAUAUAACUCAUCUCAGUAAUCAUCACCACUGUCAGAAAAGACAACAAACUUAUUAAGUACUUAACCUGAAUGCUCGCAAUGGCUUUGUUACUGCCACCGCUUCUUCUUUCAACUUCCUAUCUCAGCACAAGCACCAUUGUGGCUCUCUGUGUAUUCUUCACCCUCCUAGGCACUUGUGUCAUCAUUGGCCAUCUUCUGGAAGAGAAUCGGUGGGCUAAUGAAUCCAUCAUUGCCCUCCUUCUGGGGUUGUGUGCUGGGACGGUGGUGUUGUUCGUGACUAACUUUAAAAGUGCCAAGAUUUUAAUAUUCAGUGAAGACUUGUUCUUUCUCUACUUGCUUCCCCCUAUCAUUUUCAAUGCCGGUUUCCAAGUCAAGAAGAAACAGUUCUUCAAGAAUUUCACCAUUAUACUGCUCUUUGGAGUCAUUGGAACAGUUAUUUCGUUCUGUCUUAUAUCUGUCGGUGCCCUUAUGCUCAUUCAAUGGAUUGGAAUAUCUAACCUUGGCAUAAAAGAUUACCUAGCCAUCGGUGCCAUACUGUCAGCAACGGACUCAGUUUGUACAUUGCAGGUUCUCAAUCAAGAUGAAACACCCUUGCUUUACAGCAUUGUAUUUGGGGAGGGAGUAGUAAAUGAUGCCACGUCUAUUGUGCUUUUCAAUUCGGUCCAAUCCCUUGACUUCAGCAGCUCCAAUUCUAUGACAGCCUUGAAAUUGUUGGGGACCUUCCUUUACCUCUUCUGCACUAGUACUGCCCUUGGCAUAGCAGUUGGCCUUUUAAGUGCUUAUAUUUUGAAAAAACUCUACCUGGGAAGGCAUUCUACUGAUCGUGAACUUGCACUUAUGAUGUUGUUGGCAUAUUUGUCAUAUAUGAUCGCUGAGCUUUUGAGCCUCAGUGGGAUAUUGACUAUUUUCUUCUGUGGCAUUGUUAUGUCACACUACACUUGGCACAAUGUUACAUUAAGCUCAAGGACAACAACCAAGCACGCCUUUGCAACCCUCUCAUUCAUUGCAGAAACUUUUAUAUUUAUAUGUGUUGGCAUGGAUGCUCUAGACAUUGACAAAUGGAAAAGCAGUAAAGGCAGUGCAGGAAUUUCAGUUGCUGUGAGUUCUACUUUGUUUGCAUUAGUGUUGAUUGGAAGAGCAGCUUUUGUGUUCCCUAUUGCAUACAUUAAAAAUCGUAUCAAUACAAGAGAGAAUACCAGAAUUGAAUUUCGUUCACAGUUUAUCAUAUGGUGGGCUGGCCUGAUGAGAGGUGCAGUGACUAUUGCCCUAUCUUAUAACCAGUUUGCAGAAGCCAAGAGUACAUCAUCAACUCAAGACUCUGCCUUAAUGAUCACUUCUUCUAUAAUUGUGGUCUUGUUCAGCACUGUGGUAUUUGGCUCCAUUACUAAGCCACUGAUAGAGGCUGUGCAACCAAGGCAUCCAAAACCAACCAGUUUUGAUUCCACUGAUAACGUAGAAGAUUUGAGAUUCCUAUUGCUUGAAAAUAAUGGUCCCAUUAACCAAAGCAACAAUAUGCAAAUUCAAAGGCAAAGUAGGAUAAGGAUGCUAAUAAGCCAUCCAAGCAAAACUGUUCACUACUUUUGGAGGAAAUUCGAUGACAAGUUUAUGAGACCUGUGUUUGGUGGAAGGGGUUUUGUGCCUUUUGUUCCUGGCGAAGCAGCAGAGAUUUUUUGAAACACAAACAAUUUAACUGCUUCUCUUCACUUUUUUCCUUCAAUAACGUGGUGCACAACCGAACCUUGUAUGCACUGUAUGUUUGAUACAUCUUCUCUCUAAAUUGCCGUAGAUUAAAUGGCAGAAUCUGAUCUCAGGGUGAUCACGAGAUGUAUCAUAUAUAUUAUCAUGUAAGAUUUUUGUUGUGAUGAUUUUUUGAAAAAAAAAGUAAUAAAGUUCUCAAAGAAGUUUGAAUAAAGUUUGAAUAUAAAAUUUUAUGUAAACAUCUAAGUCCUUCCUCGCUCCAUUAUGUUGGAUGGAUGAUCCUUGUGCUCAAUGAUUUCUUGAAUUGCGUUAUGCGACUUCCUGUUACUAAUAUUUUUUUAUGUAUGUAGUGAUUAUGAUAUGAUUAUAUAACACCAACUGCACAAGAUUGUAUUUAAUUAGC